AUGCCUGCGCUCCUGGUCGAUACGAACGCGCGCCCGGUGUCCUCCAGCGAUGCCUCGACCGCCUCGGAGCACUCUGGCGCCCGCUCCAAGUCGCCCACGCCUGACCGCCCGCCUGUGUCACCUCUCACGCCCACGGCCUCCGCUGCCCAGUUAGCUCCUGUGGAGCGCACCGAAGCCCGACCCCGCCCUGCCCCUCCGCCCACGGCCACCUUCAGACCGCAACCGCCGUCCGUCGCCAUAUCGGAGAGCGAGAACCCAGAUGCUAUCGCCCUGCGCUCCGCCAUCUCGCUCCUGCAGCUGCAGCGUGAAAAGAGCAAGCGCGACCUGAGGGCCCUCCAGGACCUCAAGGCAGCCGCUGUGUCCGACCCGCAGGCGUUCGUGCGCUCGCUGCAAGAACAACGCGCGCAGGCCUCCCAGUCGCACCAGGACAUCCUCACGCCAACACUGGCCGGUCUGUCCGACGCAGCAAGCAGUAGCGAACAAGACGCGAACAGCGCAGACACGCGCAAAGAUUCCACGCACAUGGAGGCGAAACCCGACCCACCCAAGUUCCCCGCAAUACCGCAGCCGCAGAACAUCGUGCGAUGUCCACCCGUCAACUGGGACAAGUAUCACAUAGUCGGAGAGCCACUAGACAAGAUGCACGAGGAGCAGAAGAAGUGGCCGGGCUCCGCUGAGCCUCCGCGCACAAAGUCUGGCCAACGAGCACCCCCGCACUCAGUGACAGCGCCAUACUCUCCUUUCACUGACGGCGUCAGCGCUGGCUCGUCGUCAACACCCCAACCCACCAAGAACUCCAAGAAGACGCCGUCGUGA